ACCGCUAAGUGCGAAUUGCCUCCCUUGUAGAAUUAUGUUUUCGUUCUUUUAAAAAAAUUGAUUGCACUUUUUGCGCAUAUGACGAUGAUUUGGUUAUCGAAUCAUUGAAAAUUAAAUUAAGUAAUACACCAUGUUUACUAAACUGAAGCAUAAGGAUGGAUUAUGUGGAUCCUCACGAGAGCAUUUACAUGCCUGUAUUGGUAAAGAACUGUUUUUGUACACACAGCAACGGGAACUUGGAUUGCGCAAUAUCUGUAACUUGGAUCCACAGAAAAUAGUAGAUGAUUAUGCAUCUCAGGUUAUGCCACAGUUGUUCCAAGAGAAAGAAUACCAGCUUGGACAAAUUAAUAAGAUAUUUUCCUCUCAGUGGCUCAACACAAAACAAAUUGUGUUUGGGACGAAAUGUAAUAAGUUGGAGGUAAUAGAUUUACAAACAGGAAACCUGGAUCAUAUACCAUCCUUGAAAAGUAGUAAUAACAGUGUACCUGCUGGUUGCCCUUGUGGUAUUCACAGCAUUGCUGUCAACCCAUCAAAAACUCUUCUCGCCACUGGAGCAGAAAAUACAAAUGACCUUGCUGUGUACAAAUUACCAACAUUUGAUCCAGUUUGUGUUGGUGAGAGAGCACAUAAUGAUUGGAUAUUUGAUAUUAGCUGGCUGGAUGAUGAGUUUCUGGUAACAGGUUCUCGGGAUAGUCAUCUUGGUUUAUGGAGAAUUGAUGGAAUUGAUGAUGUUGACUCCUCGCCUCUGAACAGCCUGCAGGUGCCUGAGUACAGUAUUACAUCUCCACUCCUUGUCAAAGAAUGUACUGACGCACGCAAAGUUCGAGCACUUGCAUACCAUGAUGAAAGAAAAGAGCUAGCAGUGUUGUCACUGAAUGCAUACUUCCAUAUAUGGGAUGUAGAGACAUUCCGUAUGGUGUAUAAUCGUAAGCUACAGAAUAGCAAAGAGAAUGUGUGUAUGUGUGUGUCCAAACCAAAGACAUUAUAUGCUAUAGGUUCCCAGUCACACGUUAAUUUGGUAGACCCUAGAUCUAAACACACGCUUACCACAAUCAUUUCUAAAUAUAGAGGAGGAGGUAUAAGAUCUGUCAGUUUCCGUGAAGAUAUUAUAACUAUAGGUACCGGCACUGGUCACAUAUUGUUCUUUGAUCUGAAAGGUGGAAAAUACCUAGAAAGUGGGUGUGGUCAUUCCUGUUCAUUGAAUCUAGGGAAAGGUUGGCUGUUACAUGAUGAAAACUACAUGGGAUUUUUCAUGCAUCAGUACAACCAAGAAUUCCCAAAUGCAAUCUACACACAUCAAUAUGAUGACUCUGGGACGAGAUUAUUUGUCGCAGGCGGACCUCUGCCUGCUGGAUUAUGGGGAAAUUAUGCAGGAUUGUGGUCCUAGCAUCAUGUACCAUUAGAUUUUACACUUAGAUUUUAAUUCAUUGGGUACUUUUGUAAUUAAGUGCGAAAAUAGCAGAAAGAGAUUAAAUGUGGAUGCCAUAGCACAAUUGCAAUAAAAGUUUUUGUACGAAAAGACUGUCAGUGCUUGAUGUUUGGACAAGUUAAUUUAGCAAUGCUUUUUUGCAUUUGUUUUUCAGACAGAAUGGCAUUACUUAAAAAAUUGGUAAGAAUGUGAUAUUUUUAUUAACGUUUUCAUGCCCCUGGUGUCAAACCCCUAGGAGGCAUAAAGUGAUUGAUCUGUGUGUCCAUCAUCUUUCAUAAGCAGUUCCUUCAAUUUCCAUCCAGUUCAUAUGGAACUUAAGUAUUCAUCAUAAUCAUGUAAUGGACAUGUACAUGUUUUCAAAACUUUCAUGAGCAAUAAUUUUUAUGCCCCCUCACCCCCACCCACCUUCAAAGAAGAGGGCAGUAUAUUGUUUUGCUCAUGUUAUUGAUUAUUUUUAAUAUGCUCCACUUCCAAAAAGAAGCGACAUGUUGUUUUGCUGUUGUCCGCCUGUUUUAUGUUGGUCAGUAGACAGUUGUUUCUGAUCAGUAACUAGAGAAUGCUUUGGUUUAUAAUGGUCAAACUUCAUAAAAGGUUUUGUGUGGUCAGUUGAUGACCCCUGUUUUUGGGUCAGUAGGUCAGCAGUCAAGGUCAUUAUGACCUCUUGGCUGAAACGGACUCCCAUCAAUAACUGGCGCUUGUUUUCGCUCUCAGUUCUAUAAGAUGAUUGGCUGUGAUCUUUCUAUUGUUUAUGAGGCAAGUAGAAGAAAGGUCAAGGUCAUAGUAGUAUUUAGACUGAAAAAGAGUUUUAUGUUGAGAAUUGGUGGACACCUUGGCCUGCAGUAGCCAUACUUAAUAGGAUGUAUUUGGUCACUUGUUGGCUACUCUUUUUCUUUUGGAUCAAUAGGUCAAAGUGACCUUGAGGCUAAAAAUGGUUUUUGAUCAUUAGCAAGGGGGCUACAAGGUCAAGUAAUUAAGGUCACUGACUUGAAAUCACUUGCUCUCACUGAUGUGAGUUUUAGUCCCACUCAGAGUGUUUAAUUCUUUAUUUGAGGAAGCCAUUCAGCUGGCUUAUGGAAUGUCAGUGGUUCUACCCAGGUGCCCACUUGUGAUGAAAUAAUGCACAGAGGAUCACCUUGGGUCUUCUUCAACCAUCAAAGCUGGUUAUGCUACAACUGAGAUAGUCACCUUCCAGUAGGGGACUUUGCCCUGAUACUUCAUUCAUUUGUUAUAUCAUGUAUUUUCAGGGUGCAUGUAUCAUAAGAUGUUAAUAUCAUUCUUAUUCUGCAAUAUUUUUUCUUCUGUCUGUCCAUAUUUCACAGUUUUUUUUUUAGUCUGACAGUUAAAGCCCCAACUUUUACUACCCUGGCAGUAAGUUUUGUAGGAGGAGCCUAUCAAAUAACAAGGCUACUCUAGGCUGUCUGUUAGCUAAAAAUAGCUCACUUUAAAUGAUUCACAGGCAAAUGUAAACAAUGGUCAGUUGAAUAAGAAAUUUGAACUAGUUUGCAUGUUUUGAUGGUAAAAAACUAUUAUUAUCCAUAUUGUGCAUCCAUAUCAGUAUCAAUCCUAUGAAAAAUUGAGUCAAGACUAGCAUUCCUGAUUUUUAAUCUUGUUUAUGUAAAUUUAACAAUGAAACUCAAAAUCAAACAUUCAUUAAACUAAAAUUCUGUCAUUGCUGGCUGCUCCAUUAAUUAAGAUAACCUAGCAAUAAAUGUAGAAAUAAUAAACUUUAAGUCUGGGAUGCAGAACAAUACACACAAAUUAGCAAGUGCUGCUGUGAUAAGGACUAAUAAAAAUGAUAAGCUAUUUGAAAUUAUAUUUAUCACUGUAUGUCUGUAAUUAGUAGUUUCCUAUUUUUUUAUUUUCUUUAAAACAUUUUUAUGAUAUGA